UCUGCGUGGUUGCGCUUUCGCAGAUGUCCACCACUGACAUCACGGGGUUCAGUUCAGCCCCGUCAACUCCGCGUCCCCGUUCCACAACAGCGUCGUCAGAGGUCCACGGCGGCCAGAUGUUUUUUGAGUUUGAUGCGCCUGAAGCCUUCAUCUCGCCACAGUUGUUUGCCGUGAAUCCAAGCGGCAAUAUGAUCUACUCGGUGAAGAUCGACAUGAAACUGGCGCUGGAUCCAGAUACGCAGGAGGUUGUAAUCAUAGUCGGCAGUCGAUUACUUUGUCGUUGUUCUAUACACACUGGGAAGAGCACAGACUAUGUCAUCGAUUACGACAUUUCUGGUGCUGAACUUCGACAAUCCAACGACAUGUACCUACUAAACGAUAACAUAGCUGUACUAGUUACUUACAAUCCGGAGAACUAUCAGCUCUCACAGUACGUACUAACAUUGAAUGACGAAACGGAAAGAGCCAUACUAACAAUGAAAAGAACUACAACUUUACCAGCGCUGAGCUCCAGCUUGACCAUAGGAACAGGCCUACUGAGUGACGGAUACAUAUUGGUCACGGGAUAUAGUGGCCCAGAGGAGAGUGAGAGACAGGUGGUAGCACUUUUAAUAGCGGCUGAUCCUUACAAAGCUUCUUUUCUACCCAAUAAAGACAUUACAAACAUGGUUCAACGGUUUGAGCGUUUUCUGCAGCAGUUCUAUCCUGAUCUGCGGAUUUUCGCCCCAGGUAUAUUUGCAGAGAAGAAUGGGCUAAUUUUUAUGAUGAAAAGUGUUCAACAUGACCUACUGGAAACUUCCUAUAUAGGGAGGGCUUGCUUUGCAAAUCUUGGAAAAAUGAUUCGUUGUGAAAUGCUUCCUGUAGAUAAUGCUUCCGUCUUGUUUGCACGUCUUCUUUGUGUACGGCAUGUUCGCCAGCUUUGCCACCGCGAUGAGAACAUCUGGAUGACAAUCAUUAGCUCCGACUUUGCUCAGCUGAGUACUUGGCAAUGGCGGUUCUACCUCAGCGCUCUGUUGUACAUCAUUAAAACUAUUACAUUGGUAUUGAGAAUCGUGCUAUGGUUACGACGUAUUGAUCGUGGAGUUACAUUGUUUCUAUAUAUAAAGCUGUUGCGGUGGCUCUACGGGCCAUCGAUGAUACCCGUCACCGCUCCUCCUCCUACUUUCACCAUGUACGGAUUAAACAUGAAGUCUUUGAAAUUCAAGAAGGUUCCUGUCAAACCAAAUCUUUACUCUACGGAAAAUACAUUCAUCAGCUAUCCAUUGGCUAUUGAUUGUGACAGCACUGGUGGGGUAGUGACGGCUGAACUUGGAACAACGCUCAAGAUCAACUACUUUCCAAGCCAAACUUCUCCUCUCAGCUUAUGCAAACUUGCAGAACAUAGUGUUUAUAGAAAUUUUCCUGCUUUUGAAAAAAGCCCACUGCUUCGACGGUCGCUUGGACAGCUAAACUGGGACUUGUUCUAACUCAUCCAAAUCUAUCCGAAUG